AUGACUCGGAGGAGGGGCAGCCAUGACUCCUGGACUCUCCACGAGAUACUUGAUUCCUCGGGCACCAUAGGAGCAUUGGUGGCUUGGAUGAUCAGCUAUAAGCCAGCCUUGUUUGGGUUCCUCUUCCUCCUGCUAUUGCUUAGCAACUGGCUGGUCAAGUAUGAAUUCAAGCCUACCCCCCCAGAGACCCAGCAGGAUAAGAUCCUUGAACGGCUUAUGUUCAGUGAAAUGAAGCUGAAGGUCUUAGAAAAUCAGAUGUUCAUCGUUUGGAAUAAAAUGAGUCACCACAAGCGGUCGAGCGGUCAGCAGAUGUUUGCCGAGAGGAAGCACAGACCGAGGAGACAGGAGUCCCCCUUCUCUAUCUACUCGGAGUGCACGACCAAUUCCCCCUGA